UCUACCGGGAAGGGGAGGAUGGGAGGUGACUUAUGGUUCCGUCUGCAGUCCGUGAUCACCUGCUCGGGCCAGGCCCAGCGUGAGGCCUUGCGGGCGCGAGAGUGACAUGGAGGCUCUCAUGAACCCAAGACUGACCGCGGGAUUGUGAGCUCUUCCUAACUUCUCCAACCACCUGACAACCCUCGGACUCCCAGGAAAAGACCUGCUAUCAAGGAAGACCACACAGGACCAGGACCUUCUCAUGGAUACUUUUCAGGACAUUCCAAGAGCACAAGCAAGGGUAUUCCUCUAAGACACAAGGGGCCUGUGAACACUAUCCUUUGAAGUGCCAUGGUGGUCAAGAGAAGCAGAAGUAACUCCCAGCAGUUGCCUGGCCUGGAAGGACAGGGUGGUUGUACAGGUCUCCUAGGUAUGCUCGGAGCUGCCCUACUGGUCAUCAGCCUGCCAUGGGGGGCCCAAGUGAUGGCCAGUGCCAACCUCAGUACUGCUCUGGGCCACACUAUGCCACUAACAGGUGGUCACUAUCUGAGCAUUGGAGAUGGCUCAGUGACAGAGUUUGAGUUCCCUGAAAAGAGUGAGGGUAUUAUUGUGAUCUCUAGCCAGUACUCAGGACAGGCCAAUGGGACAGGCCCUAGCCCCACACUGAAGGUUAUAUCCCUGGACACAGAGGUACUGACCAUCAAGAAUGUGAGUGCCAUAACCUGGGGCAGUGGGGGUGGCUUUGUGGUGAGCAUCCACUCAGGUCUGGCUGGGCUGGCUCCACUCCACCUCCAGCUCAUGGACCUCCAUGAGGCCCCACCCUUGUUGAUUGAAGAACGAAGGGAUUUCUGCAUCAAAGUGUCACCUGCUGAAGAUAUCCCUUCUACCCUCAAUCCCAACUUGAGCCACUUCUCAGAGAACCCAAUCCUCUACCUGCUCCUGCCUCUUAUCUUUGUCAAUAAGUGUUCGUUUGGGUGCAAAGUGGAACUUGAAGUUUUGAAGGAGCUCCUACAGAGCCCCCAACCCAUGCUUUUGGGCCUCUUGGGCCAAUUUCUGGUCAUGCCCUUCUAUGCUUUCCUCAUGGCCAAAGUAUUCAUGCUACCCAAGGCCUUGGCUCUGGGCCUCAUCAUUACCUGCUCAUCACCUGGCGGUGGGGGGAGCUACCUCUUCAGUCUCCUCCUUGGAGGAGAUGUCACCCUGGCCAUCUCUAUGACUUUCAUCUCAACAGUAGCUGCCACAGGUUUCUUGCCACUCUCAUCAGCCAUCUACAGCCACCUUCUCAGCAUCCAUGAAACACUCCACGUGCCCAUCUCCAAGAUACUGGGGACCUUGCUGUUCAUUGCCAUCCCCAUAGCAGCAGGUGUGGUGAUCAAGUCUAAGCUUCCCAAGUUCUCAGAGCUGCUGCUACAGGUCAUCAAGCCCUUCAGCUUUGUACUUCUCCUUGGUGGCCUAUUUCUAGCCUACCACAUGGGGGUCUUCAUCUUAGUGGGAGUCAGGUUGCCCAUCAUAUUGGUGGGCUUCACAGUGCCCCUGGUUGGCCUCUUGGUGGGCUAUAGCCUGGCCAUGUGCCUGAAGCUGCCAGUGGCCCAGCGGCGGACAGUCAGCAUUGAGGUAGGGGUGCAAAACAGCCUGCUAGCCUUAGCCAUGCUGCAGCUGUCUCUGCGCCGCCUUCAAGCAGACUAUGCCUCUCAGGCCCCCUUCAUUGUGGCACUGAGUGGUACCUCCGAGAUGCUGGCUUUGGUUAUUGGCCAGUUCAUCUACAGCAGCUUGUUUCCUGUUCCCUGAGGACCCUGGAUCAAGUUUUAUAACCCCAGCCCCCAUACUCCAUCCACUGUCCCCACAGUUCUUAUGUACCAAAGGCCUUUAGUUCUC